CUCCUCACAAUCUUUGCGCCUUCGCAACUUCUAGAAGCUUCCAUCUGGUAGGCUCAACCCCCCUCGCUCGCCAUGGGCAACGGUCUCUCCCCGUGCCUGUGCCCCGGCGCCGCCCGCGGCGAGGCGGCGCGGCUGGUGUUCUGGGGCGGGUCGGCGAGGACGGCCGGCGAGCGGCGGCCCGUCACCGCCGGGGACGUCGCGGCGGAGCUCCCCGGCCAGCACCUCGUCUGCGCGGCAGACUCCUUCUUCGUCGGCCUGCCGGUCCCGGCGCUGCCGCCGGGGGAGCGGCUCGCGGCCGGGCGGACCUACUUCGUGCUCCCCGCGGCGCGCUUCUCCUGCCGCCAGGCGCUCACCGCCGCGACGCUCGCCAAGCUCUCGCCGUCCCCCGCGGGGAAGGUGCCCCUCGCCGGCGGCGCGGCGUCCCCGUUCGAGUACGUCACGGGCGCCGACGGCGCGCCGCUCAUCAGGAUCCUGCCCGAGUUCAUCGAGAAGGUGAUCACGUCGCGCGGCGGCGGCGGCGGCAAGUGCGCCGCCGCGGAGCAGCUGUGCAGCACGCCGGAGCUGAGGAAGCACUACAUGCAGCUCGUGGGGGCGCGGGCGGAGCGGCCGUGGUCGCCGGGGCUCGAGACCAUUUCGGAGGCCGAGAAGAGGAGGAGGAUGCCGUCGCCGGUGAGGCUGAUCGAGCUGGCCAAGGCUUCUUCAAGAUAGGAGAUAUCCGUGCAUGCCAGCCUAUGGAUGGAUUCCAAGAUAGAUUGGGGAUAUAAUUUCAUUAACUCUCUUGUUUCUUCUGAUACAAGCAAGAGGGAGAGGAUGCAAUGUGCAUAUAGGAGUUUCAGAAAAGAGGGAGAUGAGUAGGUAGAUUUGAAUUAGUUUUAGUUCAUUAAUUUUCUCUCCGGCCAACAGAAGAUUAGUGGACCGGAUGCAAAUGAACGAAUUAAUGAAAUUGCAUGUCAUCCGAUCCA